UUUAUAAAGCAGCUCGCCAGUUAGUUUCGCACUUCAGCUGUCAGCGAGAGAUUUCAUUUCAAAUUCCGUUCAGAAUUUAUCUCUCUCUUCUCUUUCUUUGAAUACUCUAAUUGUUUCGUUCUAUCUCUGGAAAGUUCUCUGAAAAUGGUGGUCUCGCAGAAGGUGAAGGAAACUGAAAUAACAGAGCAGGACUCGCUGCUUCUCACAAGGAAUCUGCUGCGGAUUGCAAUAUUUAAUAUCAGCUACAUCCGUGGCCUUUUUCCUGAGAAGUAUUUCAGUGAUAAGUCUGUUCCAGCAUUGGAAAUGAAGAUUAAGAAGCUCAUGCCAAUGGAUGCUGAGUCACGUAGACUGCUUGACUGGAUGGAGAAAGGAGUUUACGAUGCAUUGCAGAAGAAAUACUUGAGAACACUAUUGUUCUCAGUAUGUGAAGCUAUAGAUGGGCCCAUGAUUGAGGAAUAUGCUUUCUCCUUCAGCUACUCAAGUUCUGAUAGCCAAGAAGUUAUGAUGAAUGUGAAUCGUUCUGGAACAAAGAAGCGCGGGACGUUUAAAUGUAACUCUGAUGCUGAGGUAACCGCCAACCAGAUGAGGAAUUCUGCUUGUAAGAUGGUUCGUACCCUGGUUCAACUGAUGAGAACGUUGGAUCAAAUGCCAGAAGAGAGAACUAUAUUGAUGAAGCUCCUUUACUAUGACGAUAUCACGCCGGCUGAUUACGAGCCCCCUUUCUUCAGAGGCUACAAAGAAGAGGAAGCUCUUAAUCCAUGGACUAAAAGUCCUCUCAAAAUGGAUGUUGGAAAUGUGAACAGUAAACAUUUUGUACUUGCUCUCAAGGUGAAGAGUGUUCUUGACCCCUGUGAAGAUGAUAAUGAUGAUAAUCAUAGUGAUAAUGUGAGCUUAGCUGCUGACUCUGCCCAGAGAGAUGAUAGCGACAUUGAUAGUGAGUCCAGUCAAUCUGAUGAUGAUCAAUAUGUAGUUGCCCCUAGAGAGAAAGGAGAGAAGGAACAAAAUGCUCCUCUAGUUGAUGAAGGAUGUUCAGAUGAUACACAGGACCCAGCAGAGGAUGAGCACCAAAUUGGGCGGGUCAGGGAUUGGAUCAAUGCUCACCACCUUGCCAAAGUUGAACUGACUGAUGUUUUCUCCAGUUUUCCUGACAUUUCAGUGGCUUUGAUAGAAGAACUUAUGGCAAAGCUUGUCACGGAAGGCGUUGUGUCAAAGACUGAUACAGAUACUUUUACCAUUAACAAGCAGAAUAAAUUCGAUGCCGUGAAAGAAGAAAUGGACUGUCAGUUUGGGCCAAAAGGCAACAAUGCAAAAAAGGGCAGUAAUCAAGAUUACAUGUAUAUGAAGGCUUUAUACCAUGCACUUCCCAUGAACUAUGUAUCUGUUUCAAAGCUUCAGAGUAAACUUGAAGGGCAAGCCAGUCAACCUACAGUUCGCAAAUUAAUAGAUAAGAUGACCCAAGAUGGCUUUAUUGAAGCUAAAAGCAAUCGCAAAUUAGGGAAGCGUGUGAUCCACUCAGAUCUGACUGAAAAGAAGCUUAGUGAAGUAAAGAAAGCUUUAGAAAAGGAUUUUAUGGAAGUGGAAAACCAUGAAUCAGUUAACAACCUUAAGGACUUGUCCACAUGCGGUGGUCUCCACUCAAUUGGGUCAGAUGUCACCAGAACAAAGGGGAAAUCUGAUGCAUACCAGAAUGAGUCCAUUAGGACCGAUCAAACCGUGUCUAAGAGGAAGGAUCUUGGUAGCACUCCCACAAGCAGGGUUGAGCCAGUGGCUUCUAGAGAGAGUUUUGUACCUGGACAUGAUGAAAACGGAAGAUCUAAUAACAAAGACUCCAUCAACAACUGUGACGAUUCUGACAAUAUUAUCUGCAGCCGGUCUAGCCAGGGCAAACGUUCUAGGAAAGCAAGCACGGUCAAAGAGCCAAUUCUUCAGUCUGUUAAGCGCCUGAAAUCUCAAGCGGCUUGAAGAGUCGUGGGGACCUUCACAACACUUCUCUCAAGAGUUUCUUUUUACUUGUACUGUUUAUAAAUAUAUAUAUAUACACUUAUAAUUAAUGGUGCUCAAUAUUUGCUCAGACAUUGGCAUGCAUGUAAAUUCCCAACAGAUAGGGACUGACAUGCACUGAACCUUCACAUAUGUUUCCAAUUACUCAGUCUGAACUUUUAUCAACUUAUUUAUAGAAUAUCGAAAAUGUGUACGUUUUUUUCUUGUUUCAAG